UACUUUUUAACCAAACACGUUUCUUAAAACGACACCGUAUACUCAGGAAUUUUCUACUUUGACCUCAAAGCAGAGUAGACAGACAAGAACAACAUCAUCAAAUUAAGGAGCAUCCUCUUUUCUCUGUUCCUCAGAUUGCACGGUAGAAAUUACUCUUUGCUGUGGAAUGAUAACAAGAGUUAUAAACUUGGAGUUGAAGGUAUUUCCUGGAUGAAUUCGGUGAGUUUCAAAUUUAAAAGCCGGAUUGAAAUCGAGUUAAAUUGACAUGUCAAAAACAAUGAGAAGCAAACCUGUUAAUUUAAGCGCGGCUAAAGAUAUGUUUGUUUCAGCUAUUCGGUUUGCAGUGUCUAUUGAGGUACCAUGUUUUCCGUUCGGUGAUGAGCUAAGAACCUCUGCUCAAGAGCAAGUUGACUACAUGUUAGGAGAAGAUGAAGAUAUUUCACUCAUUAUUUCUGAUGACGAAGUGAAAUCCGUUGUAAGAAUGGGUGUUCACAAUGUCAUUCAUUCGUUCGAAACGGACUUGUCGUCGUUGCUGUUGAAUCCUACCCAUGAGGUUGAGGCUGCGGAUAAUACAAUAAUGAGGAGAGUAUCUGAUCUUGAAUGGAUGUGUAAUGUACUACCAAAGAUGGAUUUGAUGAAAAUCUUUGUUUCUAAUUGGAUUGCAAUUUCUAGCAAAAUCUUGGUGAUAAUUGAAGACGAAAAGUUUGAACAUGUCAGGUGGGGCUUGAAAGUAAAGUUGAUAGAAGUAACAUGCAAAGUUUUUGAAGCAGUUAGCUAUGGAAGUGUGAUUGUUCCGGCUCCUAGUCGGGUGCAAUUGCUAAAAACGUGGUUUCCCUACAUUCGCAAGAUGAAGCCGCUGUUGGAUUCAAAAGCCUCCGAGGAGACUAAUUUUGCUUAUAAAAUGGAUGAAGAUUUGUGCCAGGCCAUUGAGGGAGCAAUUGUGUCGUUGGUAUUGACGUUGCCGUCAAACGAUCAAGCAGGCAUUCUAGCUGACUGGAUCGGAAGUAGGGAAGUUGGAUAUCCCGACUUGAGUGAGGCUUUUGAGGUUUGGUCUUAUAGAAGCAAAUCUGCCAAGAGGAGAUUAGUGGAAGGUUUACAUGGACACAGUGACGAAGCUAUCAGCAGUUAAGUUUGUUGUCUCUUAACUCCUAAAACUUAUCAUUUGCGGGAAAGUUUUACUGCUCAUACGGUCUAUUCAGCUUGAGAGGAUAGUCAUUGCAGUUGAGUUGUGUGGAGAGGAUACCUGUUUUAUACCAAAAAAAAAAAAACCAUUUUUGUAUACAUUUAGUUUUAUUACAGCGUUGUAAGAUAAUUAGUGUUGGAUUGAGGUGUUGAUUCUGUCCAUGAGAUUUCAGCUCAAUGGUAACAGUCUGACCUUUUAACCUCAAGGGAUGGAUUUCAGAUUCCCUCGAAGACGGCUGUAAGUCAUUAGUGCCACACUAAUUAAUAACACCCUUCCCCAAUUUUUUUAAAAAGGUGUUGGAUUCCAUGAUGUAUGACACUCGCUGAAUGGGUUAGGGGUACUCAAAUCCUCAACUUUUGAUUCUUUGUAUUGCUUUCUGAUAGCUUUCAGAUGAAAUUCUAUGAAUACCUGCAUCUUUGAAACAUGAAA